AUGGAUGCUUCAUCAAAUCAUUCCGGUUUUUCUGAUCACGUAUGGAGUCAGCUGCAUCAAGCGUCUCGGCAAUCUGCGCAGCGACGAGGACGCAAUCGCGGCGGGCGAAGCUCAGGCAGAUUCGCGACGACCCAUCAUCAGCAUUUUGUGAGCGAUCGCGGUCACGCUACCUUUGCCGAUGGCCAGCAGCAACCUCCCUUGCCAACUAACAUGGAGUCAUUUCCUCCCCUUGGAGCCACCUCCGCGUCAGCAACGGCAUCAGCGUCGGCCUCAAUCGAGGCCACACCCUAUGCCCAUUCUCAGUUUCACGUGUCACCCUUUCCACCCCCUCCUCCAUUCAAUAACCCACGUCACGGUACACCACGCGAGUACCAAGAACGUGCCAGAGGUAAUUACAGAGGUUACUCUGGACGUUUUGCCCCACAACACCAUGUUCCACCAUUCGCGCAGCCUGUCAACAUGGCCCAACAUCAACUCUACGGACGACCCCCGCCACGCCCUGGCCCCCUGUAUCAAUACAACGCCAACGUAGACUAUUCGGCCCAUGAAGAACAACGAAGCGUGCGACAUGCUAUCGUGAGACAAGCCGAUUACCUCAAUAGGGUCGGCAAACAUGCAAGCGACAGUCACAAACUCACCUUGGAAGAGAAAACCACCAAGGAGAACUUUCGAAAGCAGCUAGAGGAAAUCGCGAGGAAGGCUCUCGGUGCCCAAUACUCUCAUCUGGAGCAAGACGAGAUUAGGUUGAAGUGCUAUGGCAGUCUUGCCAAUGGCUUUGGUCUUGCAGGUUGUGACAUGGAUCUCCUUCUGAUACUCCCCGAUUCUCCCAAGUCCACUGCCGAUCACACUGAGGGGGAACCAGAGCCACAACUUGAUGUUCACGAUGAUGAAGACGAAAAGCGCAAGUUCCAUGACGGUGUACGUCGCUUGUUGGAGAAAACAUACCUUGACCAGGAAUUUGGAGCGAGACUUCUUACCAAGACCCGUGUUCCAAUCCUACGCAUCUGCCAAUACCCCAGUCCCGAGCUUCUGAGGAACUUGCGUGAGUAUCGUGCUGCCUGGGAACGAGUCUCUUUUGAGACACCUCCCGGCGGCGCACUCUCUCAACCAUCCGAAGAUGUUGCUACCGACGUCGACGCAGUCGAGCACGACAUGACCGAUCUCGCUCUUGCAAACACUGCUCCUAGGAACCCGCUGUGCCGUGGCAAUGCCGGUCUAGAGUUUGUCGGUGACUGCGGCAUCCAAUGCGACAUCAAUUUCACAAACUUCGUCGCUGCUCACAAUACGAAUCUGCUUCGACUCUACCACAGCUGGGAUUCUCGGGUGGGACAAAUCGGAACAUUUGUCAAAAUUUGGGCCAAAGCCCGGGACGUCAAUACUCCAUAUCGUGGCACUUUGUCCAGCUACGGCUACAUUUUGAUGGUGCUUCACUAUCUGAUGAACGUCGUCAAACCGGCCAUCAUUCCGAACCUGCAGCAUCUGGCCAAGAAGGACGAUGCAUGGGAACCCGACAGGAAGAUUGAGUUGUUUGAAGGAUUUGACAUUCGCUUUGUUCAAGACUCAACGGAAUUGAAGCAGAUCCGCGAUGAUAUGGCCAGGAACAAUGAAAGUGCAGGACAAUUGCUGCGGGGAUUCUUUGAAUAUUAUGCAUCUCCACGCGGGUUUCAUUGGACUCGAGACGUCAUUUCCAUUCGGGUGCCGGAUGGCAGGCUGUCGAAGCAGGACAAGGGAUGGACCGAGGCAAAAUGGGCUCACGCGGAAGAGAAAUCAGUCCGCUUGCGCUACUUGUUGGCCAUUGAAGAUCCUUUCGAAGUCGAUCAUAACGUGGGUCGAACCGUCGGCCAUCAUGGCAUUGUCGCCAUCCGAAACGAAUUUCGUCGAGCCUGGUCAAUUCUCGAAAGAGUUGGCGCGGGCGAAGAAGUCUCCAUCGACGAGUUCCUCGAGCCCACUACAGGUCAAGUGGAUACAUUGAAGAAGGAUCAACAAUUCCAUCGUCAGAAACAAAUCCAGAUGAGGGAAGAACUCGAGGCAAAGGAGAAAUUAUUGCUUCAGAAGGGGAAUGAUGAAGAGCCCGAUGCUCAUCUAGAUGGUACGUUGGGAUCCUCGGACCAAGAGAAAAUCCAAGCUGGUUCUUCUGCGCAGGGCUUCUGCCGGUUGCCGAAUCCAAAGCUGACCUCGGCACUCGCCCACCAGGAGAAGAAGAAGAAGUCGCGACCGUCCCGGAGUUGGCGUCACAGAAAGAUCGAAGUUGACAGUGACGACGAAGAUGACGGCGUUGACCCCACCCACGAUCGAAACAAUCUCGAGAGCACCAAAUCGAAUGCGGCAGAGCCGAAGAAUGAACCUAAGAAGAGACUAGGAGGUCUAUGUUCACUCGGUGACGUCCUUCUGGCCAACGGCCUUGAUCAUUGGGGCAAUCCUGUGGCCUGGGAUAUUGAAACCCAGGAAGGACGGUGGCUGCGCUGGAGAGAUUCAAAGGUUGAGAAAGGCACAUUACACGAGUUCCGCAAUCCGACAUUACAAGAGCUACAUGAGCAAUGCCCUUUUGACCCCCGACGACCAUCCCCGUACAUCGGUAAACCCUACAAGAAUCUUCGGGAGAAACUUCAAGCCGAAAGACCUCCCUGGCCUUCAAACAAACCCAGCCGUGAACAUUCGGAUACCAAAGCUACCCACCCGGAGCCAUCGGAACAAAUCAACAGCGAAGACAGCAACCAGGUGGGCAAGGGGGAAGCGUCAAUCAAUCCGCCGCAACAUGUCCGCAGCGGGCGCGUUGGAAGGAUAAUCCCCUGGGACGUGACCACCGCCGGUGGCGAAUGGCUUCAGUAUCGUGAUGGACGGAUUCGUAAGGGAAGAUGGCAACAUCAUCAGUAUUCUCGAUUUACGGAGUUGAGCAAUGCGUUCCCUUACAACCCUAACAUGACAUGGGCCGAACUUGAAGAAAAGAAUCAGCAAUUGCGAGUGUAUUACAAGUCCACCAUUCGAAGUACUCUGAACACUGAAGUUGAUGCCAUUGCCAAUGUUGCGGCACAGUCGUCUGUUUCCCCUUCCAACGAUGAGGAUCGAAACUCUGGCGAGACAGGUUCCGCAAAGUUCGGCGGUGAUACUCCAUCAAUCAGCAAUCAUCUGCAUCAAGACGGUGGAGGCGUACCUGCCGGCGACCAGUCCUCCUCCCUGGAGAAUUUGAAUAAACUCGGUGAAUCAGUAGACGACAAACCAUUGACCGCCACUGUCCCGUCUCAUGCCACUGAUUCCGGUUCCCAUCCAACAACGUCGACAGAACAACCGGAUCAUCCUGAUCAAGAAUUCAUCCGAGCUCGAAGAUUGGCCUUCUUUGCCAAGUUAAUGACGCCCGCCAACAGCGCUCCCGAAGUCAACCCCCAGUUCUACCCGUCAAUGCCUAACGGUGGCUCAAUGACCUCGGACGCAGAACAAUUCCAGACACCCGUUCAGUCUCAUGAGAUGCCCCUGCAAUUUCUAUCUCAGGACACGAUGCCUGCGAACCAUUUUACCCAGAGGGCCAGUUCAACACUGGGAGAAUGUUCAUCUGCCGGAUCAUCUGCGGAGUCUCUUCAUCCUGGGCGUGAUGAAUCAGACGAUACCUUUGAUAUGCGCGAAUCCGACAACGAAAAUCUUUCUCCUCUACGGGUGCCUCCCACACUUUACCCUGGUGCAGACUCUGGUCGGCGACCCAAAGAUGAGGAUCCCCGAAUUAUGCCGAUUCCUCGAGUCCUUGGCUUUCAAUUCGAUCCUCAGCAGUUACGAGAUCUGGCUGUCAUUGCAAAAGGUGGAAACGGAUGUGCUAGAGAAGGGGCUGAAUUCAACAUCGAAGAUGAAUACGAAUGGGGAGGCGGAGGAAUGAUGGGCGGCAAAACCAGCACAGGCAAGCAAUAUGUUGGUAUGAGCAGCAGUGAUACGCCCUACGAGUCUGGCAAAGGAGAUGAAGGGUUGCUUGAUGAGCUGCCGAAGGUCUUGGAUUGA